UUCAUCAACCACCCAAAUUUCAUGCCAUUGCUGUAAACAUCUGUCAACAACCACAACCGACGAGGAAAAGUGAAAGAAACAAGGAGAGGAACAAGAAGAAGAAGGACAAAUAUAGUAAAGCGGCAAAAAAUUGAGAGCCAUGGAAGAGGCGGAAGAGAGGUUCGAAGACGCCACAACAACGGCUCUCUCGGCGAUUACAGAGGCGUUUGAGGAUCUGGCAGAGGUGGUGGAGGAUGACACGGAGGAGGAAGAGCUCAGAGUUGAUACCUUCUGCCAAGCGUGUAGUCUUGUGUCUGUUCUAUUUGGCUGUCUUGGCCUUGCUUUCAAGUUCGCGGAGUUGGAGUACUUCUCCAAGGUGCGGGAUCUGAUGGAAGCGUCCAAAACCUUUGAGACUUUACGAGAAAUUCUUGACCUGGAUGUCGCCAACGAUACAGUGAAAGUGUCGGGAAGCCAUUCGCGUAACCUGCGCCGGCUUAGGCAGGGUCUGGACCUCAUCAGAGUUCUCUUUGAACAAUUCUUAUCAACAGACGAUUACUCUUUAAAGGACGCAGCAUCAACAGCUUAUGCUCAAGUUUGUGCACCUUAUCACACAUGGGCAGUCAGGACGGCGGUUGCUGCCGGAAUGUAUACACUUCCAACAAGGGACCAACUGCUGCUCAAGCUUAACGAAACUGGUGAGAAUGGAAUUUCAGCUCUUUGCCUUAGUUUCCUACAAGUUUCAAUCAAGUCUAUAAAGUAUAUAUGUAUAUAUGUUUUUUUGUUGGGCAGUUUCACCCUCCCCGACUACGAUGGCGGCAAGGAUACCGUCGUAGAAGGUCUCGACGUCCAUGUCGGCCUUGUCAGAUUCGACGACCACGACGCUCUCGCCCUUGGAGAGUUUGUCGCCCUCGGAUUUGACCCAGGAAACGAUCUUUCCCUCGGUCAUGGUGGAGGAGAGGGCGGGCAUGAAGAUCUCCCUGAUCUUGGAUUCGACGGUGAGGGUCCCACGGCGAGGUCGGGUGGGAAAUGA